UGAAUUUGAAUUCCCAAUUCACGCAUCCGGUGAAAAUGCAGGAUUCAAAGAUUCCCCUUUCGGAUGAAUUUACGAUUCCCAAGUCACGGAAGAAGAAAGUCUCUGCCCAGAAAGGCCCCUUGUUUCAGGUACAAGGGAAUGAUGUGAAUGGGGCUCCUUCUCUUCCUCUGAAAGCUGGGAACAAACCAUCCAAAAGGAACUUGAAGAGGGAAGUUUCUCCAAUGGUCCAGCAACCAGAGAGGUCAAACUCAAAUUCGCUGCCUGAUUCAUCUUCGUCUGGAAGCAACUACCGUGAGCUAAGGCUCAAGUACUUGAUGAUGGAGGAAGAGAGCUUUGCAGUGGGGAAAGAUCUACGAGAGGUUGAAGACGAGGUUAAGACCCUUGAGGAGGAGAAGUUUGCACUCUUGGAUCAGCUUGUUGUGUUAGAAGGCCUCGUUGAUCCUUCAGAGUUGCACCCCCAGGGGUUGCAUUCAUCCUAGUUUAUUUCUUUGUACCAGUUUGUUUGAUUAAUCUGCACAAUUGUAUAAUAUGAUAUAAGGUCUCAAAGAUUAGGGAAUGAUUAUUGUUAAAACUUCAAAAAGAUUGUAUCCAGUUCCUUUAGUAACUCGGUAUAUGUAUUUGACUGCUGCAUUAGUUUUUCAGGUCUAAUGUUUGAUUCAAUAUUUGGUUGUUGCCCA